CAGUAUAUUUGGGAUGUGCGAUAGUAAUUGAGUCUGACCCCGUCAGGCACCACGUGUACGUGGCGCGUUCAUGCGCUCGUACACUUCGAGCGCGUAAACCCCCAUCUAAGGGAGGAGUAAUUUGGUGGAAAAGAGCAGAGAGUUUUUUCGUCAUUCGAGUUUCACGUGUCCUGUGCAGGCACCGCUUAAGAUCAAAGGCGUGUGUACUUUUCGAGCCGUGGAAAAGCCCUAGAAAAACACCUCUGUUUCUCUGAUCCGAAGCCAUUGUUGAUUUGUGCGUGUGAGAGGGGAGAGAGAAGACAGAGAUGGCGUCGUUCAAAGAAGCACCGCCAGGAAAUCCUGCAGUAGGAGAGAAGAUCUUCAAGACCAAGUGCGCCCAGUGCCACACCGUCGAGAAAGGAGCCGGCCAUAAGCAAGGACCUAAUUUAAAUGGCCUUUUUGGACGACAAUCUGGUACAACUGCUGGGUACUCCUAUUCAGCUGCUAACAAGAACAUGGCUGUUAUGUGGGAGGAGAACGCAUUGUAUGAUUACCUGCAUAACCCUAAGAAGUAUAUACCGGGAACAAAGAUGGUUUUCCCUGGAUUGAAGAAGCCGCAGGAGCGUGCAGAUCUCAUUGCUUUUCUUAAACAGUCGACUGCUUGAGGUUUUUCGAUUGAUAGCUUGCUCUUUUUGUAUUUUCAAAAAAAAAAAAAAGGGAAUUGUGGUGCUAAUUAGAAUUCUUUUUUCUCGGGAGAGGACUCAUUAUUAUUCCUCUUUAAAUAAGACCUCCAACACCAUUUGGAAAUGUAGGUCAAAUAGUGCAGCAAUUUUUUGAAUGUAAUGACCGUGUGCAGUUGGUUCAACAUUUUUCAUGAUCAGACAACUGGUUGAUGAAAUGAUUAUUUUUUUGGGGUUCCCAAUAUGGUGAAAA